GCUUUCCGGCCGGCCAUCUUGGUGAGGGGACAGCCGAUAGUAGCGAGCAAACAACGCUCGGCUGUUACAUUUCAAAGUCUUUUCCUCUGUUUAUAUUGCGUGGUAUUGAUCAUUUCCACGCCCGCACAUGUAACCAAGCGUAUGAGGACGCAAGUGACGAUAUACAAGUCAACGUGAGGAAGAACAACAGACGGGAGAAGGCCCGAAUCGUACCGCUGGUUGUGUCUGGAUCGCACCUGGCACAGAUCGGCUGCUGAAGGUGGUAUCCAACCCUUAAUCAUCAAAGUCGGAAUUUUGCUGUAGACCCUUACUCACAUUUCCUGUCUACAAGACCUGCAGACGACAGACGUCUUCAAGCUCGUGUCGCCUGGUCUUGAUUAGGGUUGGAACUGAUCAAGGUUUGUGUCUGACAAGAAAAUUAUAUCAUGGCGGGGAAGGGGAACAUCUCCGGGAGGAACAGCGUGAUCGUCCGGCCGACUAACGAGAUGACCGACGACGAGCUGCGGAGGGCCGGGCCGGAGGAUGUCAUCCGCCGGCUCCGAGCCACCGAGGAGGAGAAGGUGAAGUUGAUGUCCGAGCACGGGAACCUCAUGAGGGAAGUCAACAAACGGAUGCAGGUCCAUCUCCUGGAGAUCCGCGGGCUGAAGGAGGUGAACCAGCGGCUACAGGACGACAACCAGGAGCUGCGAGAUCUCUGUUGUUUCCUGGACGACGACCGCCAGAAGGGACGUAAACUGGCCCGGGAGUGGCAGCGGUUCGGCAGGUACACGGCGACGGUGAUGCGGCAGGAGGUUGCCGCGUAUCAGACAAAACUGAAAGAGCUGGAGACCAAGCAGGAUGAACUGAUCCACGACAAUAUGGAACUGAAGGAACUGUGUCUGUACCUGGACCGGGAGAGGGAGGGAUCCCGGUCCUCCAUCUGUUCACAGUGCAGCGUGCGAGAGUUGAACGGGAACGGCAGCACGGCCAACAGAGAUCAGGGAGACGGGAGCAGCAACAACUCGCUGACACCCGAGCAUGACGCGCAGGGAGGAAUCAAUGGUUUGAAUGAGCAAACUCUGCAGUACAUCCGCCGUCUGGAGGAGAGGAUACGGCUGAUGGAGGAGGACAGGAAACAACUGCUGCAGAAACUGGAUAGGGUGGGGAACCUGGACAGGAGGUUUUUUGCCUCCCCCAGGGUCAACACACCCAGCCCAAGCUCUCAGAGAAGUGGAUCCGUCACACCUGUUAUGAACAUGAACGGUUCCUCCUGGCAGGGUGACCACCUCUCCUCCGCGCUGCCACAGAAGCCAGAGGCAGUUGUGCAUGCAAUGAAGGUGCUGGAGGUACAUGAGCAGAUGGACAAGCUGGACAGGGAGACGGAGGAAUAUAAUGGGGAGCUGAGUGAGAAGGAGAAGGCCAUUGUCAGAGAGAUGUGUAAUGUGGUUUGGCGUAAGCUGGGCGACAGGAAGCCUGCAGCAAAUGGGAAGGAUGUUCCGGUGAGAGACACAGAACCACCUCCACCCAGGAGAUAGACAAACAGCACAGACCAGGUCCCCUGUACAUGCAGACUGGUGGACAAUCCCAGAGAAGGGAAGGGAGUGUGUAUCACAGCUGGGAUGUUGUGUUACAAUAGCCUGAACACUCCAUACUAUGCAGAACAUGUGUUAAUUUUCUCACUCAGAUACAUGUACAUCUAUCUGUGGUCCUUCAUUUUGAUCCAGAGAUCUGAGUCUGGUAUAUACCAUCAGUCUGCAUGCGGAGGGGUCCUAGCUGAAAAUUGCAUCGUAUUUUAUAGCUGCAUUUUAAAGCGACAAACAAAGCAGACAAGUUGCCAAUGAGUCGACGCAACAUAAAGAUUUGACAACAUUUUCCUCUCAGUAAUGUUGGCAAGAUUUAGACAAAACUGUAGUUUCAAUCAAGUAAAAGUCGAAUGAAGAGAAUUGGACAUGAAAUGCUGUUUUUAAAAAGUAUGUGUUGUAGAAGUUUUAACUUUGUUGGGAAUUUGUCUUGUAUAUGACAAGGUGAGGAAGGUGGUGUAGUAGACUGAACCCUGUUGAGAUGUGCAUGCAGGAACAAAGCAGGUUUUGUCAGACUUUGGUAAUGAUGCACAGAAGGUCCUGGGUUGGCAGUGACAGCAUGUGUACAGAGUUAUUGUGUAAAAUGGUAGAUAAGAAUGUGAAUAACCAGUGUCAAACCUCAUGAACUGAUGGAACCAAAAGAAGUUUUCACACUCUGCAGUGCCAUAGUGCAUUGUGUUCAAACUGCAAACAGGCAAGAGUAGAGACAUACUGACAAGAUUUCUUUUUGAAACACAUGAAAUGGUUGACUUCAGCAGAAAUGUGCUUUCUGUCAUAGUAUAUUGUCAACUGUGCCAAUAGUAGGUAUUACUGUUUCAGUGUUACAUGAUACAUUUGUUUGACUAGUAGUGCUAUACAUAUCUUAAAUGCAGUUGUGACUGUACUGUUCUAAAAAUUAAGGACCUAAACUAUGUAAUGGAGCAACUUGAAUCGUCUCUUGUUUGAAUUUCAGGUGUUUUAGUAAAAAGUUGUGCAACUUAAAUUAAUUGUUGCCAAAACUGAUAAUCUUACAGUGCUUUGUACCUUGAAACUGUGCAGCUAGUCAGCCAUGUAGCUGCACUGUCAUGUUACUGGUAUACCACAUUGUGUACUGCAGCACUACAUUGUAAAUACAUUGUAUGUAUCUUAUAUAAGGCAUAAAUGCAUUUAUCCACCGACAUAUUACGUUCAAUGUAUGUGAAAUUUACGUAGCCAUGUGAAGUUGCAGGAGAAAUUUGCAUCGUGCUUGUGUUGCCCUGAUGUAUUGACAUGGGACGAUUAGCAGACUAUUUAUACCACCUGUACCAGUAGAUACGAGUGAAGGAUCUUACUUUGGCAGAUGUUUUGGAGACUUGGUAAUCUCUGUUGCGUGGCAUGGGUUUUGUUGAUUUGACAGCUAUUUAUAUAAUAAUGUAAUGGAUGGAACUUCCACAGUAUUGUAGUAUUUAUAUAUUUUUCCUGUAGAUAGAACAUCAAUAUUACCUGUUGGUGCAUAUUUAGAACCCUCGCAGUCCUUUGUGGCUUCUUUGUCAUGCCACUACUGUAUAUUCCUGUCAUCAGCAUAAACAUGCCGGAAAUACGGUA